UGCUCCGUACAGACACCAGAACAAGAGCUGCAGCCUGCAAAUGAAUCCUAAUAAAAUGAAGACCUGCUGGAUACUUUGUUCUUCUUCUGUUUUCACCAAGUGCGUCCUAUGGAGGCUCUCUGACCCCGGAUGGCGCGGAUUUAUCUGCUCCUUUUCCAUCACAUGAUUUUUAAAAUUCUUCGGACCCAGCCCCAGCGUCGCCAAUCGGCUUCCCUCUUGGAGAGAGUGGACCAAUCAGCGACAGUCUUUGAUGAAUAUUCAUGAGUCCGAGAUUCAAACCUUUGAGCGAGUUUGUCUUGGUCCACAGCAUCAUACCUAGGACUUUUCACAGGCACAAACUACAUUUUCUUAUGAAUGGAAAGAGAAAAAAUCAGUUCGGCUUAAAUUGGGACCCAUCCUUCACUGAGAUCAUAGAAGGAAAACAACAAAAGCAAGACAAGGGGAACCGCCAGAAGAGAUGACAAUGACUACAAUCCCAGAAAGUCUUAAUAGCCCUGCCUCAGGAAAAACCGUUUUCAUGGAGUUUGGACCCCCGAGUCAACAAAUGUCGCCUUCCUCCAUGUCUCACGGACACUAUCCAAUGCACUGUUUACAUUCUGCAGGUCAUACCCAGCACGACAGCUACAGUCCAGCUUCGUCGUUCCCCAGAUCUUUGGGUUAUCCAUACGUAAACUCCGUCGGCAGCCAUUCCACCAGUCCAUAUCUCAGCACAGUACAGACCUACCAAAACAGCUCGGCACUCACACAGACACGGUUAGAGGAGACAGCGCCAGAAGCAGAGAAAAACACAGUGGUCGAAGGUGGAGAGGUUCGAUUCAACGGCAAAGGAAAAAAGAUUAGAAAACCAAGGACUAUCUAUUCCAGUUUACAACUUCAAGCUCUGAACAGGAGAUUUCAACAAACUCAAUAUUUGGCGUUACCGGAGAGGGCUGAGCUCGCAGCAUCGCUGGGUCUCACUCAGACACAGGUGAAGAUUUGGUUUCAAAAUAAACGCUCUAAAUUCAAGAAACUGAUGAAGCAAGGCGGUGGCACGAUUGACACCAACGCUUUAGCUACCGGCCGUGGACUGUCGAGCGGCUCUCCCUCGGUGGCACCUGUCUGGAGUUCGCCGACCACCGUGAAGACUUCGGUGGGGACAACCGGAUCUUACAUUCCCAGCUACACCUCAUGGUAUCCAACCACACACCAAGAGUCUAUGCAACAGUCACAGCUCAUGUGAACAGAGACCUCAGCCCUCGACUCUGCCAUGGCUCGUGUAUCAGGAUGGUGAAGGGGCCUCAGCGCGGCCCAGCACUGAUAAUACACAACAACAACAACAACAACAACAACCCCGGAGUUUGCUGCCGCGUGCCGCCAGCUGCAGUGGCCUCCCCAUGACGGCACGCAGCGUGAAAGAAGGAGAAGAAGGAGGGCGCCCAGACUAAAAAGGCACGUAAUGCGCCCAAGGGCAAGUCUGUGACAGUCAGCGGAAAUCGUAGACAAAUGGAUCCUUUUUUGGCUGCUGUUUAUCACUUUUGUGUCAGUUUCUAUUUUUUUUUUUAAAUCAUAUUUGUGUGAGUUAUUCUGUUCAUGAGAAAACACGUGUUUGUUUACACCAGAUGUUAGGCCCAAAGUGACCGGAAAUCAAUCUGCAUUAAUUAAGAGUUAAAGGUCUAUUAGGCCAUAGGGGUGUUUCUUUAACCAAAUAAUGAGAAUUAAUAAACCAUUAUGCUUACAGCACAUUCAACCACAGGGCAUAUUGUGCAAAGCCUCAAAACGCUA